UCUCCAGUCUGCAGCAGCUUCAGCUUCCCUGCAAUUGAGUGGAAACCUGGCUUUGAAUUGUUUUGUUGUUUUCAGUUUGCUUUCUUUGUGGCUGUUGCCUUGACUCACGAUGACUGUCAAACGGGUGGACCAAGGGCAGCAUUACAGGCCAAGAAUGGCAUUCCUGAAAAAGAUCGAAGCCCUCCUCAUGGAGAUGCAGAAUCCAGACACUGGCAUCAAAAUGCACACUCAGAGGGUGAUGAUCACAAAUAUCCCACAUGCUAUGACAGGUAGUGAUAUACUGCAGUGGAUUAUCCAGCAUCUGAAAAUCGUUGAGGAAGAGGCACUUAACUUGGGGAAUCUAAUUGUCAAGUAUGGAUACAUCUACCCUCUGCAGGAGCCGAAAAACCUCACCCUCAAAACAGAUAGCAGCCUCUACAGAUUUCAGACACCAUAUUUCUGGCCCACCCAGCAGUGGGCAGCAGAUGAUACCGACUAUGCAAUCUACCUAGCAAAGAAAAAUAUUAAGAGGAAAGGGAUUUUGGAAGAGUAUGAAAAGGAACAUUACAACUUGCUAAAUAAAAAAAUAAACUACAAAUGGGAUUUUGUUAUUAUGCAGGCCAAAGAGCAGUAUAGGACAGGAAAGGAACGGAAAAAGGCAGACAGGUAUGCGCUGGAUUGUCAGGAGAAAGCCUAUUGGCUAGUGCAUCGAACACCUCCAGGCAUGCAAGACAUCCUCGACUACGGACUAGACCGAGUAACCGAUCCCAAUGAAAAUAAGAAAAAAACCAUUGAUGUUUAUAGAAGAGAGAUUAUGUACUAUCAGCAAGUCAUCAUGAAGUCUACAGUGAAGUCUUCCGUCUCCCUUGGAGGGCUUGUGAAGUACAGUGAACAGUUUCUCUCCAAUGAUCCCAUCAUGUCUGGAUGCCUCCCCAGCAACCCCUGGAUAACUGAUGACUCUGAGUUCUGGGAGCUCAAUGCAAAGCUAGUGGAAAUCCCUACCAGGAUGCGCGUGGAGCGAUGGGCCUUUAAUUUUAACGAGCUGAUGAGGGACCCGAAAGGCCGGCAGAACUUCCAGCUGUUCCUGAAGAAAGAAUUCAGUGGAGAGAACCUGGGGUUCUGGGAAGCCUGUGAGGACCUGAAGUAUGGAGACCAAUCCAAGGUCAAAGAAAAAGCAGAAGAAAUUUACAAACUCUUCCUGGCUCCAGGGGCAAGGCGCUGGAUUAACAUUGAUGGCACAACGAUGGGCAUCACAGUCAAAGGUCUCAAGCACCCUCAUCGCUACGUUUUAGAUGCUGCUCAGACUCAUAUUUAUAUGCUCAUGAAAAAGGACUCUUACGGUCGCUAUUUAAAGUCUCCAAUAUACAAGGAGAUGUUGGCCAAGGCCAUUGUGCCCCAAGAGACAGUGAAAAAAAGUUCCAGUUUCCCAUUCGCACGCCGUCACCUCCGCUCCAGCCCCAGCCCCGUCGUCCUGAGGCAGCAGGAAGAGGAGGCCCAGGCCAAAGAAGCAGCAACAAAUGUGGAUAUUACCCAGUUGUGUCAGUUCACUGCUCCGGUCCCUCACCUGGCUGUGUACACCGGUACCUCUGUUCCUUCAUCUCCAUCAGCUCCGCACCCCUCCUGCCACAUCCCAAACAACCUGCCUUCCCAAUCCCCUGGACACAUCACUCUGCCAAACAGCACUGUCUGCCCCUCACCCAUUAGCGUAGCCCUGGACAGCACCCCCUGCUUGGAGAGGAAGUGGGAAGCCAAUGAGUCUAACACUAACCACUUUCCUUCUAUCACUGAGAGCACAGAGAUUUCCAUGGACUCUGAAUCAGGCACUUGCAACAGCCAGGUGCCGGGGAACAUGGAAGCCAAGGUGCCUCCCAAAUCCCGGACGACCUUGUCCUUCAGCAGGUUCUUGAAACGGGGAUGUUUAAACUCACCGGUGUUUGCCACUUUCUCGCCGAAAUGCCCGGCUGUCACCCAUGGAAAGGUCCAGCCACUGGAUGACCUGGAACAACAACUGCAGCAGAAGUCCAAAAAAGUGACCAACUUCUUCCAGAUAAAAGUGGAUAUUCCUCUGGAGAGCAGAAUCUACCCAAUAGACUCAGAGGAGGAAGAGGAGGACUGCCCCCGGGCUUGUAAGGACUCUGUGAAGGAAGUUAUCUGCCCUUGGGAGAACUUUACAGAACAAGGGAAAGCUGGAUAACAAGCAACUCUUAAGGCAGACAGGAUGUGACCUACUUAUAAAUGGAUGUUUUCUUUCCAGGCCCUGACUCUGCAAGGUUCACCACGUACAGUUCAAUAUAUGAACCAUGCUGCUAAAAAAGUGCAUUAGAAUUAUGCUUCAGCGUCAAAGAGGCUCAAACCACCCUGGUUAUGAGUAAUAGACCCAGUUGCGCACAUCUGUGUGUAAUUCGGGAACUCUAAGUGUCUCCUGACCUAUUUUCCUUCAUAUCUUUAGAAAGUCAGACUCAUCUGUUACUGACUUUUUGAUAAAUGAACCUUAUUUGCUGCCUUAUAGCUGAUAAAAAUAUGUCCUCGGAGAUACUCUCUCAUAUGUAAGUAGUUUCUUGAUCCUGAGGUGUUAGUAAGUGCUGUGCUGGUGAAAUGUAAUUGUCUUGAAGGCCUUUCUAAGACUGGAAUUCAGACUUUAAGCAUCUCCAAAGUUUGGGUGUCUUUGGAAUCUGGGUUUGAGUUCAGGCCCAUCUCUAAUUAUUAACAGCUUUGAAUUUUAAAGCAAUGUAACUUGAAGGCAUCUGAUGGCUGGGGAUGGGGGGGAAAUCUAAGCUCAGACAUCCUCAUGGGCCAACUGUAAGGUAGAUGGAUUGGCAUAACCCACUAGCCAACAACAAAAGUGAACCCCACAGAAAACAAAGGACUUCUUAUCUUCCACUUACCUCCAAUAGGCCUUCAGUGCCAAGAUGGGUCUUGACACCGAGGGUCCAACCACCCUUCUGAACGAUUGGGAAGAUCGGGAUUGGCCCUAGAUCCAAACUCAGUAGAUUGGGCCCAUCUGAACGUUACAUUGAUAUGUUGUGCCACGCCUUAACUGCAUCUCUGCCAAGAGUGUUAGAAAUCACCUUCCUUGUACGGUGUCAGUACAUCAAGAGAGUCCUCUUCUUCUCAGUUUCUACAGACGAGUCCAUGUACAGUGGCAGUCCCUAAACAUGACUAACCUUGGGUGUUGUUUUGUAAAUAGGCCACGUGGCCCACGACUGUAGGUGUUGGCGUUAUUUUGUAUUUUCUAAUGGUAUGUGGAGAUGUGUCCAUGUUAAUUUGAAAUGGUUCAACACGCUGAUUCCGACUGCAGCAUUUAAAGUCUUCACCUCUCCUGCCCGCGAUAACAUGGACAAUUUCUGUAGCUGGAAGUAAAGCUGCUGUUUAACACAUUGUA